UUCAGAGGAUACUGAAAACGGAGAAGCUGCGAUGUCUAAACUAGUUAAGGACGAGGUCCGGAGGAAAGACAAGAAUGGGAACCAGGACGAUGAGAGUCACGGAGCCAGAGGCAAAGAGAAGAAGAUAGAUGAACCAGAUCACCAUGACGACAGCAAGAAGGUGGAGAACACCUAUCAGUUGGGACCUUAUAAACGCUUCCCUGACGGUGCUGCCACAGAGAUACUGAGGGAUGUACUUACCAGUCACCUCCAAGAGGAGAAAUAUGAAGUUCAGCGAUCUCAAGAACUGAUAAUAACCCUCACUGGGAUAAUAAAAAGCCGUGUGAAGGAACUUGAGAUCCCCAGAUAUAAGAUUAUUGUUCUUAUGCACCUGGGCCAGCUGGCUGACCACGGCGUGCACAACACCAGCAGCUUUCUGUGGGACGCCGCUAACGACACCUUUGCAUCGUUCAGCUUCAAGAACAGCUCUCUGUUUUGUGUUGCAACUGUCUAUGCAGUGUACUACGAGUGACAGUGGAGACACUGAUGAAAACAAGGCUUGUUUUGAUACUGUUGUUCUCACAGUGCUUCUGCCAUUAACCAAUGCUGUACAUUUUAUAAUAAAUCUCAUUUUAUGUUGAGAUAAAAUUUGUGUGUUUUUUUUUUUUUUAAAUAUUGUUACCAU